AACCAUGCGAACUUCAUACACAGAAAGAUGGGAUGCAGCUGGGUCUCCCUGUAAGGCAAGAGUAUUAAGUAUUACGCCAAUCUGAAUAUAUUUAUAACAGUAUUAGUGUGGCAGCUUUGAAAUGUCUUUAAGCAAGAAGAGCGCUACAUGUUGAAUGUUGACAUACGCAGAAUAAACACCCAAAUAAUACCAAAAUACUGCGUACUUCAUCUGUACAUUUAGGGGUGAAAUGAAUCAGAUGACACUAAAAAAAUCUACAACGGCCCAUCUGUGGGUCCCAGACCAGCUUUUGAGACCUUCACAGAGCUGCUGCUGCUGCUGCACCUGUAUCCAGUCCAACGCCGUUUAGGAAAAAGUUGGCAGCGCAAUGGUUACGCUGCGAGCGUCUCAAGGGCAAAGGAAAUGAGGAAAUCGAUCAGAACAACAAAUGAAGACUGCCACCUCUGUGUCUGUGUCUGUGUCUGUGCGUCUGCGUGUGUGUGUUGACGCUGCUGUUGCUGCUGCUGUCAGCCGAGGAUGACAUUUCAGCUUUAAAUCUCUAAGGAUAGAGAAGAGAAGAGAUGCGCCCGGGCGGGAAACGUCACAUUUUCAGUUGGAGCGUCGGUGAGAGGAGCCUGUGACCGAGGCAGGAGAGAGGGAUCUACCGCACUGUCACUCCUGCACGCCCGCAAGCUGGGGAUCAGAACCGAAGGAACGUCCUAGAGUUGGAUGAUUGAUUUUCUUUUUUAAAAUUAUUAUUAUUAUUUGGAGCGACAGCGAGGAUUUAUCAUGUUUCAGCGGGGAAUCGUUCACGAGUCACGCCACCUCGGACCACUCUAAUGGGUUCAGGGCAAAUGAACUGAAUGGUUUUGAUUUGAAAGGUUAAAGGAACACCACUUUAAACUUUGAUCAACUGUGACAAAAACAGCUGGAUUAUUGAGGUCACGGUGUCACAGUCAGACCUCCACUGAUGCCUCUUACUGUCGGCGCGUGUGUGUGGUAAAACUACUGGAUCACUGGGCCCUAAUUCUCCUGAGAAUAUAAACUAAAAUUAGCCCCGAGGUCUCUUCAUCUGUCGCAUGCUCACAUUUACGUCAUUCAGAAUGAAAUGCCAGAAAGUAAAGUUGUCACCCCAGCUCUGAAGAUGCCACCGUGGGAGCUUUUCCGUGGAGGGAGUCUGGGGAAUGAAAACGGGAAUUCUGCGUCUCUAACCGGACACUGAUUCCAAACACCUUGGUUUUUUUUUUUUUUUUUUUUUUUGGUUUUUUUGUAUCUUCUUACCAUCUUCUUUUCUAUUUUGGAUUGCUCCAAAAUUUGUUUGUGCGGUCCCCCCUGGACUCCUGCACAAUGGGGAUUAUGCUUCAAGUUAUUCUAGGAAUGUUUCAGUGCCUGCUGAUCACCAGAAUACCAGCGUCUCACGCCAAGCUCGCCCACUGGCGACCUGCAGACUCCCCCAAAUCUAGAGAAGGUCGAGAAGUGCGGCGGUGGUUGGAGGUGUAUUCAAGGAGUGGAUGUGAACCUCGGGACACCCUGGUGGAGGUGUGGCGGGAGUUGCCAGAGGAGACCCACCAUCUCUUUAUCCCCUCCUGCGUGUCGGUGAGGAGAUGUGGUGGCUGCUGUUCUGACGAGGCCCUGGAGUGUGUGCCAACACUCACGCACACACUCACCAUGGAGCUGAUGAGGACGUCCUUCAUGAAACACGAGCUCAUUGAGUUGCCUUUCGUGGAGCACAGCCAGUGUGAGUGCAGACUAAAAGAACAAUUAUUGCCACUGCCUACGACAAGGUCACAUCUGAAGCCCAGCAGAACAAAUGAGAAGAAGAAGGAGCGAGGGAAGUCCAGACAGAAGACAAGUGGAGACAUCAGCGCUGCGACUUAUGUUCCUACCACUCCUCCUCCUCCAACACCCCCUCCUCUAUCUUCUUCUCCCACCCUCUCUUCCUCCCUGCCCAUUCCAUCACCGAGGCCGUCUUGCAGCCCGUGUAAAGGGAGGAAGUGGGCAUUGGAUGUAACGUCGUGUCGGUGCCGCUGCAUAGUCAGUCCUGAAAGCUGUAACAAGAAAGGCAGGAUGCUCAACUCACAUCGCUGCAGGUGUGAGGCCAUGAGGACUUGACGCAUCCGUCCACCGUCUACUCAGCUCUUGUCCUCACCUUAUCCUGCUGAUUUAUUGCCCUCUCUCAGCAUUUCUACCACGGAGCACACAGACACCUGGACGUCCAGUAUAACUCACUGAAGGAAGUAUUAGCAGGAGCGCUCAUUAUAACCUGUAGUAGAGCUCCAGUACAGCAACAUGUGCAGCAUUACAGCCUCCGUACACUGUAGAUCCACCGCGUGUCUGUCUGUGUGCAGUCAAACAUCAACCCACCGGCAGUAAAGCUUCCAUUCAUCCUCUUGUGCACGUAGAGCUCAUGCUGCGAGUGGUACCAGAUAAUACAACUUUUAAAUGUGUGGAAAUAACACACGUUAAAGAAAGACUGGUCUUCCUGUGGUUUGGACGUUGGAGCAAGAGAAGAAAUGAACAGUUGUGGAGACAAUUUGAAAAAAUAAAAAUCCUACAAGAAAUAGAAUAUUGGUGGACACAUACCAAGCACAUGCCAGGAGAACACAAUGCAUGCACAUGCACUGGCACCCCAGUGUGCAUGGGCCUAUGGCUGAGCUGAAUGCUGGGAUGGCGUGACGCUGUCUGUCUGUGUGGUCCCAGUCUGAAAGACCCAGAUGGACUAUCCCUGCAGCCGCUCUCUCUCUCUCUCUCUCUCUCUCCCUCUCUCUCUCUCUCUCAUUCAAUCCUAUGACCACAGGCUGGCUCUCCAAGCCACUUUCUGGCAUUUGUUUAAAUUUGGGCCUUUUGUUUCCAUCUUUUUCUCGGCACCUCAACUGAAAGCGAGCGCUUUGCCUCCCCUUGCCUCCCUUUUGGGCAGUGAGGAGAAUGACAAUAAUAAGGACCUGGCGGCUCUCCACUACUUCACACUCAAACAUUUACGCUUAUAAUACUACAGGAACAGAGACAACAGUGCAAACGCAGUAAUGCUACGGCCGCUGCACAAAUGUAUGUAGAACCAUGAACACACUGUGUGAAGUGGGUGCAGGUAGCCAUUGGCUUUCCUUAAUGUCACAUUAGUGUGCAAAUAGCUGUCAAUCAUUUAUUUGCCCUUUAAACGCAGACUUGUUCCUGCUGUUGAGUUAUAUUCUGGUGUUUUACUCUUUUAUUAUAAUCCUGUAAAGUUGAUUUAAAAAGAUAUUUUAUACUGCAGAAUGUGUUCUUUGUUUUGUUUUUUUUUUGUUUUUUUUGUUCAUCCCUAAUCCAUCUGCAUAAAGAGUCGCACUGGGUGGCCUGCUAUGAACAGGCUCACAAUUUAAACAGAGUCUGCUCACGACCGGGAGAUUAUAUACAUUAUAAUGUGUAUUUCAAACAAUCAGUGAGGCAGCCAUGUCUGCAGCUCCCAGCACUGGGAAAAGACAGCAUGUGUGUUGUUGUUAUGUUCAAACCAG